AUGCCGCCCAAAGUACUGGCCAAGAACAAUGACCGGGCAAAUGGAGUCCUGCCAGUCACAGCGGCAACACGCGCCGCAGCCACUACCAAAGGGCCAGCACCACGACUGAAGCUUGAGAUACGGCGGCUGCCACCAGGACUUACACUGACCGAAUUCGAGGAGACGUUGGGCGAUGAGUGGAAGCUAGGCAAUGGCAAGGUGGAUUGGCGGGAGUACAAGCAGGGCAAGGUCAAGCUCGGCUUGGGCAAGAUGCCGGAGCAGAGCAGAUGUUACAUCCAUGUUGCGAACGAGGGCCUAGUGAAGGAUUUGGAGCAGAGAUUCCUCGCAGUCAUCUUCACGGACAAGGCAGGCACCCAUAAGAACCCGGACCUGAAGCACUUGCCGCCAGUACUUGAGUUUGCGAUGAACCAGAGGACACCGCUCACCACGAAGGCACGAGUCGACAGUAGGCAGGGCACCAUCGACCAGGAUCCGGAGUUCAUGACGUUCUUGAUGGCAGAAACAGAGCCCAUUACGAAGGCAGCAGCUCUCGAUGCUGUGGGCGUUGAGAAGAAGGAGGGUGACAAAGUCGAAGUCAAGACGACUCCGCUGAUCGAAGCACUUCGCGAUAAGAAAGCGAACAAAGCCAAGGCAGCGGAGUCAAAGGCUGCUGAGAAGAAGGAUGCUAAGGGACAUGCCAGAACAGAGAGCAAAGAUGCGGUCCCUGCAAAAGCGGAUGCGAAAGACGACAAGAACGCCAAGCAGAAGGUAGAUCAGGCUUCAAAGGAGGCUGUAAAAGCGCUCAACAAGCAAGUUGCCAACAAGCAGCAGCAAGCACAACAACGUCCAGCCUCACCUUUGCCACCCACAGCGAAGAAUGCAUCGCCCGCCAAGACGAAGAAGGCGGCGCAGAAUACGUCUCAAUCACCAAAACCUCAAAAUGCGACGCCUACACAGCCAGGCGUCAAAAAUGCUCCCACUGGGCCAGCUGCUGCGGCGCAAACUCCGGGUCAACGUCCGCCAAGAGAGCCAAGGCAACGAGGAGGUGUCGAUGGCAUCAAGAAAAUGCUUCAGAAAGACCUCGGGAUCAAGCCGAAGCCUGCACCCACAGCCGGACAGCCAGGAAGCGCUGGAUCCUCAACACCAGCAUCACCCGCACCGAACAAUCGCAACACACAGCAACAGAAGCAACCCGCGUCGCCAGCGCCAGCAGCACCAGCGAAUAUGAAGACACCACCCACUGCACCGAAAGCACAACAGCAGGCUCAACCUGUUCCCACCGCGCAUUUGACCAAAGCAUAUCUCAAGCACGCAAUUCCAAGUCAAGGCAUGACAGAGAUGCUCAUUCAGCAAGCUCUGUCGCAGUAUGGUCAAGUCAAGAGUGUUACGAUCGAUCCGCGGAAGGGUACUGCAAUUGCACUGUUCAAAGACAACGAAAGCUUGAAGAAAGCCAUAGAAGCAAAACGUGUGCCGGUCGCGCAAGGUACUGUCGAGAUCCUUGAAUUCAAAGACCGACCAGCGGGAGGUGGUCCUGCUCGAGGUGGGUUCAGAGGCGGACGAGGAGGGCGUGGUGGAGCAAGAGGUGGAGCGCAGUCUGCUGCGUCGUCGGUGCCACCUGCAGCAGCACCAGCAGCGUCGAAGCCAAAUGACGGAGCAUGA